AUGUAUCACGACUUGGCAUGGGUUGCGCUGAGAAGACAGCAAGCUCAGGAAGAGGAACUGGGAAUCAGCCACCCGGUGCCCUUGCCCAGUUCCCCCGAUACGUUCGUUAAGAGGAACAGUGGUGGCAGCUCUUGUCUCUUGUUGGAAAGCGGCAGCCCUGUGCACUCGGUGAAUACAGCCAUGAUGGCAGCUGGCACAGCGUCAGAGGGACGGGUGCUCAUUCAGGACAUCUCUUCCAUCCCCAGCAGAGGGCACUUGGAGAGCACGUCUGAUUUGGUUGUGGACUCCACCUGCUGCAGCAGUUUUUACCAGCCGUCUCUGUAUCCUUACUAUAACAACCUGUACAACUACUCCCAGUACCAAAUGGCAGUGGCCAGUGAGCCUUCCUCAAGUGAGGCUGGGGGUAUGAUUGUAGGGUCAGCCAUGAAGAACAGCCUUCGAAGCCUCCCAGCAACAUACGUGCCAAGCCAGUCGGGAAAACAGUGGCAGGUGAAGGGCAUGGAGAGCUACCACGCCGUCGGCUCCCAGUACCACAUGUGCUCCUACUACCCGCCUGCUUCCUACCUGGGACAGGGGGUUGGUGCUCCCACGUGCCUCCCACAAAUCCUGACCUCUGAGGACAUCCCCUGCUACUCGGAGUCAAAAGCGAGAGUGUUUUCGCCGCCCAGCAGCCAGGACUCCGGCCUGGGGUGCCUGUCCAGCAGCGAGAGCACCAAGGGGGACCUGGAGUGCGAGCCCCCCCCGGAGCCCGGCGCCUUCGCGGUGAGCCGCGUCCUGGAGGGCGGCGAGUAG